UCAACAGAUACGAUAUGCGAAUGAGUUGUCAUCGUCGUCGGUCAUGUUCAGAUCUAUCGUGGGAUUUGCGGGAUGAAUAAGUGCGCGGUGACACGUAAAGACGUUUGUUUAAAUAAUGAUUCGUAACCUCCGUCGAGUGUUGACUUCGUCAAUAGUUGCGCCGAGAAUUGGAACGCGUCCGAAUCACACCAUGUCCGACGUUCUAAUGGAGCGGGUGCCCUUCUCGAGGGAUUUUCUGUUUCGCCAGCUUUUCGAUCCAAUAUCGAGCACAUAUACAUAUUUGCUAGCCGAUAUCAAUGAUAAGGAAGCAGUUUUAAUCGAUCCAGUCAUCGAAUGGGUUGAACGUGAUAAAAAUCUCAUCGAAGAACUGGGAUUAACAUUAAAAUACGCCCUCAACACGCACGUGCACGCAGACCAUAUCACCGGGUCGGGUCGACUGAAGUCACUGUUACCUGAUUGCAGAUCCAUGAUAUCACGCAGAAGCGGGGCCGAGGCGGACAUACUCCUGGAGCCAUACGAUCAUAUCCAAUUCGGCAGAUAUCAAUUGAAAGUGCUGCCCACCCCAGGUCACACCGAAGGUUGCGUCACGUACGUUUGCGAUGAGCAGGCAAUCGCGUUUACGGGUGAUGCACUCUUGAUACGAGGAUGUGGCAGAACUGAUUUUCAGGGCGGAUCCGCUAAGAUCCUGUACAAAUCUGUUCACGAGAAGAUAUUGAGUUUGCCGGAAUAUUAUCGACUGUAUCCGGCGCAUGAUUACAACGGCAGAACCGUCACCACCGUAGCCGAGGAGAAGGCUUUCAAUCCCAGACUAUCCAAAUCGCUCGAGGAGUUCGUCAACAUUAUGAAUAAUCUGAAUCUUCCUUAUCCCAAGAUGAUUGAUAAAGCUGUACCGUCCAACAAAGUUUGCGGCUUGUACGAGGUUGAAGAAGAAAAGAGCGAGUGAGAAUCAUCGACAGCAUUCUAGUCAAUGUAAUAACACGUCAGUAUUGUUUAUUUGAAUAAUAGUAUAUCCGGUAUAUCUAAUAACUAAUAUUUAUACAUCACGAAUGGCAUAAUUAUUCUUGAUUUUUUAAAACUUUUAUAGAGAGUGAUAUUAUUAAUGUUAUAUCAAGCGGUAUUAUUAAUAUUAUAUAAAGUUUAUAUAAUCAGACAUUUUGUAAGUUUACAAUAUCUCGUAAACAUUAACUUAAUGUAAAAGGCAAUAGGCUUUAAAAUAUUAUUAUAACACAUAAUGAUUUUUAAUGUAUAAUUCACGUUGCUAUAUCGUUGAAUUAUUCUUCCACUUUGUAUGAUGAGCUUGAAAAAUUCAAACUUACUGGUUGGGAUACAAUGUUGAAAAGACAUGAAAUGAUGUUAUCUUGAAUAAAAUAGUCAGUCGACAAUUUGUCAGCAA